GUUCGUACUAACCUCAGUAAAUGCCUAGAUCCACGAUCCACGUAGUGUCGUCGUGCAAUCGUUAAAUAAACCCACGUCAUUCCCGAGCCGAGCUGUGAGUUGCGAUUUGUUCGGAUAGUGCGCGGCCGUUGUGUAUAUUAAUCGUUGCGUUAAUAUAAAACGCAUGAGAAAAUGUCAGACGUGAGAUAUUGGUAUAAUUCUUUGCCAACUUUCACGAGAUAUUGGCUUACGUGUACAGCAUUUUUCACGUUAAUCGGAAGAUUCGGAUUAGUGAGCCCGCUCUCGCUGAUAUUGACAAAAGAACAAUUCAUAAGCAAUUUCGAGAUAUGGAGAGCGGCGACCAGCGUUUUCUAUUACCCUCUUAGCCCGGCGACAGGAUUCCACUUUUUAAUUAAUUGUUACUUCUUAUACAAUUACUCGUUGAGGUUGGAGCGUGGAGAGUACGAUGGGCGGCCAGCUGAUUAUUGCUUCUUGCUCUUGUUUAACUGGAUAUGCUGUGUUGUCAUAGGACUCCUCGGUGAUUUCCAUUAUCUCAUGGAUCCUAUGGUGAUCAGUAUACUGUACGUUUGGUGUCAGUUGAAUAAAUACGCUAUUGUUAACUUCUGGUUUGGUACACAAUUCAAAGCUAUGUAUUUGCCAUGGGUAUUGUUCGCAUUUAAUCUUAUCAUCUCCGGCGGUGGUAUGAUGGAACUGCUCGGUAUCCUCGUAGGACAUCUUUACUUAUUCCUGAAAUUUAAAUAUCCUCAAGAACUCGGAGGACCAGAGCUCUUGAAUACGCCAAAAAUCCUUGAAUCUUAUUUUCCCCCUCAAAGAGGUGGUAUCAGGUGGUUCGGAGCUGCACCCACUCAAAGAGCACAAACGCAAACCACGAGAAAUACGUUUGGUGGCCAUAAUUGGGGACGAGGAUACGUUUUAGGACAAUAAACUAUUUAUUUCAUAAUUUUUCGAUCGAAAAUACUUUCCUACUGUUAUUUCAAUCCAAUUAGACUUACUGAAACCUGCAGGAAAAAAUGACAUUUUUCUUUCCUCGUCACAUCUUUGUAAAUUCAAUGGUGAGAUCAUUUAAUACAUAUUAUACGUAAUAUCUAAAUUAUGAUUAAUCGAAAAUUGAUAGAACAAUAAUAGUUCGUUUAUAUACUAUAUAUUUUUUAUGUAUUUUAUAUCUGAAUUUUGUAAAUUACAAAAAAUGUAUCUUCCUUUUCUUUUAAUUGUAAUAUAAAUUAAGUAACUGGAUGUGUCAUGUUCUAUUCAUUGUGAAUUCAGUACGUGUAAUAUUUAAUGGGAAGGAGAGAAUAUGGGUAUAAUUAUUACAGUUUACUUCAAAAACA